AUGCUAGGCAUCGAUUUCGUUCCAUUCUAUCCCCAGUCUCUGUCACAACCUCGUGGCUCGCCAUUCCACUUUCUCGUCGCAUUUCGUCAGUGGUACAUCACAACCUUUUCAGAUCCUUAUUACGGCAUUGACAUUCCGGGGCAUUUUUUCGAAUUCCUAGUCUAUGUUGAGCUUGUUGUGCAGUUCCCUCUAGCAAUCUAUCUCACUCGCGCACUGUUAUCGAAACAGAAGAUGUCUGCUCCUGCUGAGCUUGCAGGCGUCAUCUACGGUGCAGUGGUUGGCCUUUGCACGGCUGUGGUUUGCAAUGAUAUGUGGUAUCUGGGCUCAGAGUUUAUCAAUCGUGAGGCCAAGCAAACUCUACUUGGGAUAUAUCUCCCAUAUGCUGUGAUCCCUAGCGACCUUGAUGUUAUUGGAUAUGCAAAAGCGGUUGCUCGCCCGCCUUCAUAG